AAUUUUUGCUUUUAAUUUCAGAUGCCUUCUCGUUUUCAGAUGCCUAGUACUGUACGGCUAAGGGAUCUGAUAAGGCAGGUACGGGCCUGCAGGACACAGGCUGAAGAACGAGCAGUUGUGAACAAAGAAUGUGCAACGAUAAGAAAUUCGUUUCGUGAUGACGAUAACGAAAACAGAUGCAAGAACAUCGCUAAAUUGCUUUAUAUUCACAUGCUCGGAUAUCCAGCGCACUUUGGGCAGUUAGAGUGCCUGAAAUUGAUAGCUUCGCCAAAGUUUUCAGACAAGAGGAUAGGCUACUUGGGUGCCAUGUUAUUGUUAGAUGAGAAGCAAGAUGUUCACUUACUUAUUACAAACUCUCUCAAAAACGACAUGACACACAGCAAUCAUUACAAUGUAGCGCUUUCACUGUGUACUCUGGGUGCAAUUUGUUCCACUGAGAUGUGUCGCGAUCUGGCUGGCGAAGUUGAGAAGUUGCUGAAGUCGUCCAACUCAUACAUUAAAAAGAAGGCCGCUUUGUGUGCAGCGAGAAUCAUUCGAAAAGUACCCGAAUUGAUUGAGAUGUUCCUGCCAGCGAGUCGCCAGCUACUGCAAGAGAAAAAUCACGGCACUUUGUUAGCAGGCGUUGUGCUUAUCACUGAAAUGUGCACUAAGAGUCAAGACUGUCUGAUUCACUUUCGAAAAAUGGUGCAAAAUCUGGUGCGCAUUUUGAAGAAUUUGACGAUGUCUGGCUAUUCUCCGGACCACGAUGUCUCGGGUAUCAGCGAUCCUUUCCUUCAGGUUCGGAUCCUGCAGCUUCUGCGCAUUUUGGGUCACAAUGACGCGGACGCUAGUGAGGCGAUGAAUGACAUCCUGGCGCAGAUUGCGACCAACACGGAGACUAGCAAGAACGUCGGCAACUCCAUCCUGUACGAGACUGUCAUGUGCAUUAUGGACAUCAAGUCAGAGAGUGGACUAAGAGUGCUGGCUGUGAACAUACUUGGACGCUUCCUCCUCAAUGCUGACAAAAAUAUCAGAUAUGUUGCUCUGAAUACCCUCCUGAAGACAGUGCAUAUAGAUUACAAUGCAGUGCAGAGACAUAGGUCCACAGUGGUGGAGUGUCUCAAAGAUCCCGACAUCACAAUCAGAAAGCGUGCGCUGUUUCUCAGUUUUGAAUUGGUGAAUAAAAGCAACGUGCGCAUGAUGAACAAAGAACUUCUGGAGUUCCUGGCCGAACCAGACAACAGACAGUUCCGAGAAUACGUAACAAGCAACAUUUUUGCAGUGGCCGAAAAGUACGCGCCGCACAAACAGUGGCAUUUAGACACUACAACCAAGGUUCUCACAAUGGCUGGCAACUACGUUAGAGAUGACCUCGUUUCGAGCAUGGUGCAUUUCGUGUCUCAGACGCCCCAGUUACACGCACACGCGGCCAGGAAAUUCUACAAAGCACUGCUUGAGGAAAAUGUCAUUGAACAUCAACCUCUGAUCCAAGUGUCUGCAUGGUGCAUUGGGGAGUUCGGAGACCUGCUGCUGACAGAUCAAUCUGAAGGAAUCGUGUCGGAGGAGGCGGUGGUGACAACUUUGGUGGGGUUCCUGCAAAGUACACAUGCCACGCCCAUCACCAAAGACUACAUCAUCAACGCCCUCAUGAAGCUCAGUACCCGAUUCCAGAACACAACUAAAUACCAACACAUAGAGUCUCAAAUCCGCCACAUUCUCUCCUGUUACACGAGCAGCAUAGACGUGGAGUUGCAGCAGAGGUCAGUCGAGUACAGCACCAUCUUCAAGAAAUAUGACUCACUCAGACAUGGUCUUUUGGAGUCCCUGCCACCGUUCAAAGCGGUGACACUCACAAGUUCAAUCGAGUCAGGCGCAGAUGCAGCUUCUGCAAGUGGAGACCCCGCAAAGCAGGCCGGCAUGGCCAACGGGGGAACCACUGCUUCUCUCAUGGCAUCCAAUGACAUAAUGGGUGGAGACGUCAUGGGUCAUGUAUCCCAAACAAACAGUGUCGCCACUUCAGAUUCAACGCUUCUGGAUCUGCUGGGUGGCAGUCUGGGAACAGAAGCAGCUCCUGGAAGCCAAGUGAACGGAUUCCACAACCACAACACAUCUACUACUGGAGCGACCCAAUCGAACCUCAAUGACGAUUUACUUGGUUUGUUCGGCAAUCAGAACGCACCCCCUGCAGCUGAUAAUAUCACAAGCAUGAAUAUAUUUGAUGCAGCAACGAAACAACAGCAGUCUGAUUUCGGUGACUUCUCCCAACAACCAGAGCAGAGUUAUCCCUUGACUAAUGUGUACAACAAAGGUGGAGUUCAGAUUGCGAUAGCGGUGGUGGCUUUCGACUCCAUCCAGAACCUGGUCACUCUCCAGUCGCAGACUACGAACAGUUCGAACCAGUUGGCCAAGAACUUCAUCAUACAAGUCGCAGUUCCAAAGUCGAUGCAGCUGAGUCUUCUGCCACCCUCGGCCACUGACAUUGCACCCGUUACUACCACAGUACCCGUGACACAGCUCAUCAAAAUAUCAAACCCAACCAAGCAAAAACUGAGAUUACGUGUCAAAUUGAGCUACGUCGUGAACGAAGUCCCCCAGCAAGAAAUGAUUGAAGUGAACAAUUUGCCUCCCCUGCCCGGCUGGUGAUGACGUCAUAAUUGCCUCCCCUUUUUCAAUCGAGAACAGAGCAGAUAGUCAUUACUUGGCAGUAGUUGUUCAAGGCCAAUCGAUGUUUCACUUCAUAUGAAAACUUACCAACGGCAGUGACCUUAUUCGAAUCAGUUUCAACGUACACAACUUCAUAGUGAUGUAUGAUCCUAUUUGAGUUUUGAUUUUGGCCCAAUUGCAAUUAGAUCGCUGGUUUUCGAUUUACGUGUGCUUAUUUACUUGUCUCGCCAGUCUAUCUUUUUUGAUAUUAUUCCAUAUCUUUUCAACCCAAACAGCUUCAGCCCAUUCAAGCAUGUGCAGCGGAUAAAUUGUAGUAUUUUGAGCUCAACUGUGUAAUUAAUCCAGAGCUUCUUCCACAACGAAAACUCGUUCAGUUUGUUAACCUUUAACACAGGGGCGGAUCCAGGAUUUUUGCAAAGCGAGUCAAAAUUUUUAAAGAGAAAAGGCCAAAAAUUCCGUUCUGGGACCCCUUCAUUUGGAGGG